AUGUCAUCCAUUCAGAACGUUGCUAUUAUUGGUUGUGGCGCUAUUGGCGCUUCUUGGGCAGCUUUAUAUGUUGCCCAAGGGCUGACGGUCAAGGUAUUUGACGUCAAUCCAGCAUCGGAGGAAUCUAUGCGUAGACUGGUCCAGAAUGCGCUUCCAGUCCUAGCAUCAAUCGGCCUUGUUAAGAAACAAGAUGCCAAAGCCGAGGAUAUUACAUUUACCACAGACAUGGUAGACGCCCUGCAAGACGCCGACUUCGUGCAAGAGAACGGCCCAGAGCGCCUGGACUUUAAGCGCAAGCUGCUUAACGACAUGGCUUUGCACAUCAGACCAGAUACCAUCAUUGCAUCGAGUUCAAGCGGACUCACCUGCUCAUCGAUGCAAGAAGGUAUGAAAGACGAUGCGAGACCACAACGCCUCGUGAUUGGCCACCCUUUCAACCCUCCGCAUUUGAUGCCGUUGGUGGAAGUGGUUGGUGGCAGCCAGACAGAUCCGGACACCAUUGAGAAGACAUUGGCAUUCUACAAAAACAUGGGCAAGAAGGCCAUCCAUGUCAAGAAGGAAGCGCCCGGUCACGUCGCAAACAGGCUCCAAGCCGCUCUAAUCAGAGAAGUGAUGUACGUGCUUCAGGAGGGGAUCUGUGAUGUUAGCGAUAUCGACGACGCGGUAUCAUACGGACCUGGUCUUAGAUGGGGCAUUAUGGGCCCUAGUCUGCUGAUGCAUCUUGGAGGAGGCGAAGGCGGCAUUGAGCACUUCGCAGAUCACCUCCUAGGGCCUCUACAAACUUGGUGGGCACCUAAGGACCCUGUCGUCGACGAAGAGCUCAAGAAGAAAUAUAUCGACGGAACUUGGGAAGCUCUCGCAGGUCGAGAAUACAAGGAUUUGGCAAAGCAAAGGGAUGAAGAACUCCGGUUACUUGUAAACUAUACUCCUGUGACAAUGGGUUCACUAGCUCAACCCCGUCUUUAUGUACUAGACACAGAUCUAUCACAGUUUCCUCACCAAGACAAUGGUCGCAUACUGUCAUGCUAUACCGAUGGCAGUGACCUCAAAACAGUGGUUGGAAACAUGAAGACGAUGCCUGACGGCGUUAUCGUCGAUAAUGAGAAUGGUCACAUAUACUGGACGAACAUGGGUCCUACUUUCAAGUCCAAUGAUGGCUCCAUCGAGCGCGCAAAUCUGGAUGGAACAGAAAGGAAGACGAUAGUCCCUUCGGGAACCGUUGGAGUCUUCACACCCAAGCAGAUCACGAUUGCAUCCAGAAGCCGCAAGCUAUACUGGUGUGAUCGUGAGGGUAUGAAGGUCAUGAGAUGCAACCUCGACGGUUCUAAUGUUGAGGUUCUGGUCUCGACAGGUUUGACAGCAGACGAUCGCCUGGAGAUGUCCAGGUGGUGCGUUGGUAUCACGGUGGACGAGACGAGUGGCUAUUUCUACUGGACACAAAAGGGGCCUUCCAAGGGAAACAAGGGCAGAAUCUUCAGAGCUAAGAUCGACGAGCCGAGAGAUAUUGAAGUUGUGCUUGAGGGUUUGCCUGAACCCAUCGACCUAGAAUUUGAGGAAACCUCCCAAACGCUGUACUGGACGGACAGGGGUGACCCGCCCAAGGGCAACUCCCUCAACCGGGCAUUUAUAGGAUCAGAUGUGCAGUUAAAGGAUCUCCAGCGCGAAAUUCUUGCCACAAGGCUACACGAGACUAUUGGUCUUGCACUUGAUCACAGGAGUCAUAGGGCAUAUGUUACCGAUCUGUCGGGAGGAGUAUACGCGAUCGACUUGAAGACCAGAGUCAAGAAGGUGCUGUUCCCAGAGCUGGGAGAUAUCACAGGUAUUGCCAUAUCGACAUGA